CGCUACUACACCCAGCCGCUGUGCACGCCGUCCCGCAGCCAGCUCCUCUCGGGCCGCUACCAGAUCCACACAGGUUUACAGCACCAGAUAAUAUGGCCAUGCCAGCCCAGCUGUCUGCCACUGGAUGAGAAACUCCUCCCAGAACUACUUCAAGAAGCGGGAUAUGUUACUCACAUGGUGGGGAAGUGGCAUUUGGGAAUGUACAGAAAAGAAUGCCUUCCAACCCGCAGAGGAUUUGACACUUACUUUGGCUACCUCCUAGGCAGUGAGGAUUAUUAUACUCAUGACCGCUGUGUCCUCAUCAAAGCAAAGAAUGUAACGCGCUGUGCUCUGGACUUCCGAGAUGGAGAAGAAGUUGCAACUGGAUUUAAAAAUGUGUACUCCACAAAUUUAUUCACAGAAAGAGCUAUAGAUCUUAUAGCCAAUCACAAAACUGAGAAGCCCCUCUUUCUCUAUCUUGCCUUUCAGUCUGUGCAUGAACCUCUCGAGGUCCCUGAAGAAUACAUGAAACCAUAUUCUUCCAUAAAAGAUGUAAAGAGGCGCCAUUAUGCAGGAAUGGUGACUCUUAUGGAUGAAGCAGUAGGAAAUCUUACUGAUGCUCUGAAAACAUAUGGUCUUUGGGACAACACAGUUCUUGUUUUCUCUACUGAUAAUGGAGGACAAACUUUAGCAGGGGGGAAUAACUGGCCACUGAGAGGGAGGAAAUGGACCCUCUGGGAAGGAGGAGUGAGAGGUGUAGGCUUUGUUGCAAGUCCUUUGUUGAAACAAACAGGUGUAGAAAGUCAUGAACUCAUCCAUAUCUCUGACUGGCUGCCAACGCUGGUGCACCUUGCUGGAGGACAUACCAAUGGCACUAAGCCCUUGGAUGGCUUUGAUGUUUGGAACACUAUCAGUGAAGGAAGACCUUCUCCCAGAGUGGAACUGCUGCAUAACAUAGACCCCAUGUUUGUGGAUGACUCCCCAUGUCUUGGCAUUGAAAAGAGAACAUCUUUACCACAGAGCAAUUCUCCUUGGGAUGAUACACUUUUCAAUAUAUCCAUACAUGCAGCAAUAAGACAUGGAAAAUGGAAGUUACUAACUGGAUAUCCAGGCUGCAGCCACUGGUUCCCUCCACCGUCUUUGUUCAAUGAGUCACAGAUUCAAUCGUCUGAUCCAUCAACAAAGAGACUUUGGCUGUUUGAUAUUGUUCAUGAUCCUGAAGAGAAAAAUGAUGUGUCUGAAAAAUACCCUCAUGUGGUGGAAAAACUACUCUCACGGCUUCAGUAUUAUCACAAACGUUCAGUACCUGUGUUCUACCCUGAUGAGGAUCCCAACUGUGAUCCAGCAGUGACUGGAGCUUGGGGUCCUUGGGCAUAAUGCACACAGCUUUGCAUUCUGCAAAAAACCCCUGCAGCAGAAUCUGGUUUACAGACUCAGAGUCCUAGUCACAUAUUUUGUACUUUCUCUAAUGAGUUAUUGCUAAUUGUGAUCUUAUUCUUGGAAUAAUUCAUUAUUUCUUAUUUGUGAUAUGUUGGGAAUCUAAUUUCAGUCUUUUCCCGCUCUCAUUCCCAACAAUUAUAUGUGAAAUGUUAGUAAAAUUAUAUAUAUAUUUUUAAAUAUUCUUUGUCUGGAAUAUACUUUUAGUGCAGAAAAUAAACAUCGCCUCCUUCCUUGAAAGAAACUAAAAGUAAUUGAAUUCCUUGUAAGGAAGGCAACAGGGACACCCAAAAUUAAUCAGUCUUGUGGAGUAUACUGAACUCUGGUUUCACGUUUGUCCAGAACACAAAAUCUACUGAAAGCUAUUAUAUAUCUGUAUUGACAUAAAAUUUUUUGCCUUUAACAUGUACUUCCAUCCAGAUAAGGCAAGAAAACCUCACAAAUACAACAUAAUCUCUA